GUGGGAGCGGGGGUCUCGUUUCUCGUAGCCGAGCAGCGGAGCCGCAGCAGCGUGCGCGUCCUCCUCCCGUCUGCCGGGCGAGGAAAAUGGAGGCGGUGAUCGAGAAGGAAUGUAGCGCGCUCGGAGGGCUCUUCCAGACCAUCAUCAGCGACAUGAAGGGAAGUUACCCAGUGUGGGAAGAUUUUAUAAAUAAAGCUGGGAAAUUGCAGUCUCAGCUUCGGACUACAGUAGUAGCAGCUGCUGCCUUUUUGGACGCCUUUCAGAAAGUGGCUGACAUGGCUACUAAUACACGUGGUGGCACCAGAGAAAUUGGCUCUGCUCUAACCAGGAUGUGCAUGAGGCACAGGAGUAUAGAGUCCAAACUCCGACAGUUCUCCAGUGCUUUAAUUGACUGUCUGAUAAACCCACUUCAAGAACAGAUGGAAGAGUGGAAGAAAGUGGCCAAUCAACUGGAUAAAGACCAUGCAAAAGAGUACAAAAAAGCCCGCCAAGAGAUAAAAAAGAAAUCGUCUGAUACACUGAAGCUACAGAAGAAAGCAAAGAAAGGUAACUUGCUCUAUACAUGUACUGUUAUCUUCUGUGCUGAGCUCACUGACAAAGACUGAGGAGCAGUAGGACUCUGUUGUAAUAAUGCAGCCCUCUGGAAUGUAUUCCUGGUAUGUACUUGAACACCAGGGUACAAUUACUAUAUGUCAUUUAAAUCAUAUUCUGAAACUGCUCUCUACUGUUCUUACACAAAAGCCUUAAACCUGUUUGUACAAAGUCAAUCAUGUUUUAAAAUAGAGCUCUUGCUGCAAACUUACUCCUGUUGAGAACAUUGACGUUGGAACGUGACUUGUGCAGAUACCUGUAAAAUUUUCUGGAAUCUUUUGUAAUAAUAUAAAAAUGCCAUUAUGUAAAUGUUCU